AUGAGAAAAAGGCCAAGAGUUCAGAAAAAGUCUGAAAAGCCUAACAAAAAGCUACACAGCAAUGUCGUGAAGGAGCCUGAAGAUAUCAGAGAAUUAGAGUACGAAGACCACGGGGAGGAUGAAUAUGACAGCGAAAGUGAAGCUGUCUAUCAUAGUGGCAGCAGUGUGGGCGAGGCUGAAGAAUGGGAAGAUUUCAAGAAUUUACGACUGGAAGAGACAAAAGAUGGAGAAAUUAGCCUUGUCAAUGAUCCUAGCUAUAAUGCGAUGGAAGAGGAAAAAAUUGAGCCAGAAGAGGAAAAAGAAAUAUGGACCGGAGAUCCACGCCAAAUUAAACAAGGCGAAAUUUUGGAUUUCGAGAAUGAAGCUUAUGAGCUGUUUUAUCGAACUUCAGUGGAGUGGUCUUGUCUGUCAUUAGACAAUAUAAAAGGCCCAGAAAUGUGCACUGGGUUUCCGUACACAAUUUAUCUGGUAAGUGGGACGCAAGCCCCUGAAGGCCAAAACAAAGUUUACGUCAUGAAAUGGUCAGAGCUUUAUAAAACUCAGUAUGACGAUAAGUCUGCCUCUGAAGAAGACAGCUCUGAAGAAGAAGCUGAAGAAGGCGACGAAGCAAAAAUGGAUUAUGUGGAAUUUUCCCAUCAUGGAGUCGUCAACAGAAUAAGAGCAAAUCAAGACUUUAACGCAGUGGCCACAUGGAGCGAAAAAGGAGUUGUCAAUAUUUUUGACCUCAGUUCACCUUUAAAAAAGCUGGAGUCUGCAAAUGGGGUUGUAAAAUCCCGAGCUGUCGUAGUUAAUACCUUUAACGUCCACAAUGAAGGAUAUGGCCUUUGUUGGGGAUAUAAUGGAACAUUAUAUGCAGGUGGUGAAGGAAUACACAUGUUUGAGUACAACGGAUCACAAUGGAGCCACUCCAAAACAUACAAUGGGCAUAAAGAUGCUGUUGAGGAUAUACAAAGAAGUCCUACAGAGCAAACAGUCUUCGCAAGCUGCUCAUGUGAUAAAUCCAUUAAAAUUUGGGACACAAGGGUAGCCACAGCUGAUGCACAAAUAACAAUGCCUAAUGCACAUGAAUCUGAUGUAAAUGUAAUAUCCUGGAACACUCAAGAAGCAAGCCAAAUCGCAUCAGGCUCAGAUGACUGCUCUUUUAAGGUGUGGGAUCUGAGGUUUUCUCAGCAGCAGGCUGCAUCAAUUAAAUGGCAUUCUGAUUCGAUCACGUCAAUAUGCUGGAAUCCGAUGGAUAGUUGUGAGCUUGUAGUAGCCUCAGCUGAUGAUAGAAUUACGGUGUGGGACUUGUCAGUUGAAGCUGAAGGGGAAAUUGAGCCUGGGUACCCUCCUCAAUUAUUGUUUAUUCAUCAGGGACAGGAAGAUGUCAAAGAAGUGAUGUAUCAUCCUGAUUACCAGAUGAUCUUGUCAACUGCUGCGAACUCUUUUAAUGUGUUCAGGCCAAAUAUCAAUGUUAAAGAAGAAGAGGAUAGUUAG